CUGAUGAUAAUGCAUAUUGAGACAGAUAUUCACUAUUAUCUUAUAUGAAGAAAACCAGUGAUGUUUUAUCUUAUGUUUCUGUUUUUCAAGACGGUGUUUUAAUUGCUAUGCUUUGAAAGGUACUGGCUUCGGAUUUUCGUGCUCUCAAGGUUACAAAGAAGUUCGGAAUGUCGACGUUUAACGCUGGCCCAGCAAAUACAGGAGCUGCACCGUAUGUAGAAAUUUUUUAUAUAUUUCAAAUAAGUGUGGAGCUCACUGCAGGCAAAAUCCGUGAAAUGAUGGCUAAUGCUCAAAGAGCAAUAGCCCAACGGAAGUUUGAGCUUGGCUUGACGGAGAAUGGUGCUGCCAAUGGGUUGAAUUUUCCCCCAGGAGUCAUUCCUGAUACAGAGACAGUUGAUAAGAUGAGGCGAGCUGCUCAGCUACAAGCACAAAUAAACGCUCGCUUGAACUCAGGUAUUCUGAGUAGCCACUCUGUGAACAGUGACUCCAGGUAAAAUAGUGAUACAUCUUUAUCCUUGUUCACUAGGAAGUCGAAGGAUAUUCCUAAGUAAGUAGAUCACUAUCAAUUUACUAUCUGGCUAGUGUGAUAUUCGACGAGCAAGGUAAAACUAUCGAUGCUUCUACUGGAGAGGAAAUACAGCUUACCCACUAUACACCAACACUUAAAGCCAAUCUCAGAGCAAAACGAGCUCAGCAGUUCAAAGAGGUUCUUCAAACCACAACUCAGAAGAAACCUCAGAAAUCUUCAGUUUCAACCAUGUUCUUUGAUCCUCGGCUGAGAGUUAAAGCUGCCUCACGUCCAAAGCGACAGCUGAGUUUCCACGAACCUGGAAAGUUUGUCAAAAUGGCUCAGCGCAUGCGAACCAAGUUCCAACUCCAAGUCUUACAGGAAUCUGUUGCCCAAGCUGUCAGAAAAACUGGUAUUGCUAGUGCAGCCAAACUGUCGACCAUCCAACCCAAACGUUCCGUUGACGAAACGGAUAUACCAUUACUGGAAUGGUGGGAUGCUUAUAUUUUAAAGGAGGGUGUAACUAGUUACUCUACUUUAGACGAACUAGCAAUCCAUGGCCUCCCCGUCUCUGCUGCAGUUAAUAAAGCAUGGAUCACAAGUUUGGUGGAACAUCCAGUUAAGUUGAAACCCCCAACUGAUCUGUCCAAGCCACCGGAAAUACCAUUACUCCUAACGAAAAAGGAGCGUAAAAAGCUUAGACGUCAAAACCGUCAGGAAGCUCAAAGAGAAAAGCAAGAAAAAGUUAGACUUGGUCUAAUGCCACCUCCUGAACCAAAGGUCCGUUUGGCGAAUUUGAUGAGAGUCCUAGGGUCAGAUGCUGUUCAGGACCCAAGCAAAGUGGAAGCGUAUGUGCGAGCCCAAAUGGAAUCCCGGAAACGAGCACAUGAAGCUGCUAACGCUGCCCGAAAAUUAACAAAAGAGCAAGCUCGUUACAAACGUAUCAAGAAAAUACGAGAAGACACAACUCAUGCCGUUCACGUAGCUGUUUACAGAGUAAAGGAUUUUUCAAAUCCAUCUCAUCGAUUCAAGGUAGAGACAAAUGCCAACCAGCUACUCAUGACAGGGUUAGUCGCGCUACACAGUGAUUGCAAUGUAGUGGUUGUAGAAGGGGGACCUAAACAACAACGAAAAUUUCAACGUCUCAUGCUUUGUCGAAUAAAAUGGCGUGAAGGUAAACGUGGGACAGUUGGUAAUCCGUCGGGUUCUUUCUCCCACGAAGACCGUGCUGCCACAUCUGAACUUGACAGUGACACAGGAUGUCGUUUAAUUUGGAAGGGUACAGUCAAACAACGCGCAUUCGAUAAAAUUCAAUUCAAAGCAUGUCCCACAGAACUUUACGCACGCGAACAAUUUCGUAAACGUGACGUGGAACACUAUUGGGAUCUUGCAUAUAGUGGAGCUAUAUUAGAAACUCUUGAUAGCUAACAUGUUUCUGUCAAAGAUAUUCUAUUUAUAAAGUGGUAUUUCUGGUGUAAAUACAAAUGUACAUCUUUUCUAAUGUUUUAUUGAAUCAGUGUUAUGCAAUAAUGUGUUGUACAAAAGAUUUCAUUUUUUUUGGUAGAUGUUGAAAUGCUUAUGAAAAGAGUAAGAUGGUUCAUGUUGCGUUUGAACACUACUAUUUUUGUUUUACAUGAGUUAUGUAAACACCCGUUGAUGGUGACAAACUGUUGUUUGUUUUGUUAUAAACAUGUUUCUGUCGUUUUGAGUUCCAAAUUUUUCUUUUCUUUUGUCUAUAUAUACGAAAGUUUUUCGAUUCGUUAUCUAAUUCUAUUUUCUCUGCACAUUGUGGACCAUGUAAUAUUAGUCUGUUGUCUCGGGCUAUCUUACUGCGAGCUGUAGAUAUCCUGUGGACAAAACGCUUCAUUUUAAUAAGUUGGGAAGUGUAUUUUGUAAAGUACUUUUGAAAUAAUUAGGAAUAUAUAAAUAUUGGUUUCUUAUAAUUUCUGCUGUCGGUUAUGCAACUCCGUGGCUUAAAUCUGAUGUUCAGUUGUUCACGUC